AUGGCGGUGGCUUGGAUCAAGACGGUGGCCUGUAGUACUAGUAAAAAUAUCUUCUUACAAAAAGACAAAACGAAACAAAACAAAUCCCAGACCAUCAGCAGCAUAUCCUGUUUGCCGGAAGUACCUGGCUAUAGAAUAUUCUGCUGGGAACGUAGAGUACACGAUGGCAGUGGCUCAGUGUAUGUAUCUAGCAAUCUUCUUGUAUCUUUUGGCAUCUCCGCUGAAUGUGCACCGUGGUAUCCGUGCUCACGCUUUCCUGUUCCUCUCUCUCCAGUGACCAGUGGCGCAGCGGCCCUGGAGGUAUAUACACCCAAGGAAAUCUUCGUGGCAAACGGGACCCAAGGGAAGCUGACAUGCAAGUUCAAGUCUACCAACACCACCGGCACAUUGACCACUGUCUCCUGGAGUUUCCAGCCAGAGGGGGCCGACACCACCGUGUCGUUUUUCCACUACUCCCAAGGGCAAGUGUAUCCCGGGAAUUACCCACCAUUUAAGGACAGAAUCAGCUGGGCCGGAGACCUCGACAAGAAAGACGCAUCCAUCAACAUAGAAAAUAUGCAGUUUAUACACAAUGGCACCUACAUCUGUGACGUCAAAAACCCUCCGGACAUCGUCGCGCAGCCGGGACACAUUCGGCUCUAUGUUGUAGAGAAAGAGAUUGUGCCCGUGUUUCCGGUUUGGGUGGUGGUGGGGAUAGUGACUGCUGUGGUCGUAGGUGUCAUCCUGCUCAUCAGCACAGUUCUGGCUGUCCUCUACAGAAGGAGAAACUCUAAACGGGAUUACACCGGCUGCAGCACAUCAGAGAGUGUGUCACCGGUUAAGCAGGCUCCACGGAAGUCCCCCUCCGACACAGAGGGUCUAGUAAAGAGCCUGCCUUCUGCAUCUCACCAGGGCCCAGUCAUAUAUGCGCAAUUAGACCACUCUGGAGGACACCACAGCGACAAGAUUAACAAGUCCGAGUCUGUGGUGUAUGCAGACAUCCGGAAAAACUAAGAGAAGACCUGGAGCCUAUGCCCUAUGCCAGGCAAUAAACAAAUUCAAACUGGACUCUCGUGCAGAAGCGGAGCCCAUAACCACGCAUGGCCUUGGAGACCUGGGCACAGUGUUUAUUCCUAGAGGAGAGAGAUGUGUAUAAAGGAUGUGUAUAAAUAUUCUAUUUAAUCUUUGGAUGUGAGAAGCCAGUGUUGCAUGAUGAAAAGGCGGUAUGAUUCUACAUAUAUAUGAAUUGUCUUGCUGUUUGGUACUUGUGUUCAGCGUCACUUACAGUUGGGAAAAUUCAGCACCAUUCCUAUCCCCAUCGUUUAGACAUGGUUUGCCUUAAUUGCGACGGUAGCAGAUCUUUUAGUGUUCCUGCAGACAUGGCCUUUCUCUCUAAGGGCUUAACCAGUCUUAGCGUUUAGCAUUUAGCAGGAAGGUGGAGGAGAUUCUACAAUGGGAACAUAGCCACCCUGUCAGCACCGCCUGUUUGGCUGCAGCUUUCAGAAAACAUCCAUUAGCUCUGCCACGUGGAGACCACGUGAGAAGCUUUUGUUGAUGCUUUUCUCUCUAAAACACAGGGCGGUGUUUUGCUUCGUAUGUGGUGCAGACUGACUUCAACGCUGCACCCUUUAUCAUAUCAGCUUGUGGGUUCAUCCUAGCAAGGUUAGUGCAGGUUACAGGCCAGAGGUCACUUCUUUCUAGGUACUUCUAGGUCAAUACCAUAAUUGAAGUAGAAAACUCAGGCCUUGCUUGAGACUGUACCAUUUGGCGAGGAAAAGGUGUCCGUGAUAUUCUUUGCCGAAAUCCUUCUCCGUGCAGCCAAAGGAGAGGGCUCCAUUUCCUGCCAAGUGGGCAGAAGCGGGGUCACUCGGCAGCCAGCCUGCAGCAUCCCAGAGCUCUGGAGAACCCCGUUCUCUGAAGCUUCAGCUGUGCUGCCCGCGGGAGGCGGCCUCGGUCGUGGCUUCAUGGAGCCUCAAGGACCUCUGAGCUGCAAGACCGCCCAGUUGUGUAACUCAGCGAGUAGGGCCAGUACUUCUACUUUGGGAGUCUCUUCUCUGUUCCUGUUUGGGUUUGGGGUGCUUGCUUCUUUUCCAUGUCCCCCGCCCCCACCCCACCCCUGCAUUGACGGAAUUGACUCACAACGAGAUGGUGGAAGAUCUAGACAAUUUGGGUAUCCUGCCGGUAAUGCAUUUUCUCCUAUUGACUCCCCACCACCCCAUCUCAGACCUAUGAUGAAGAUCGUUAAACACUUGUGUUUGUUAUGCCUCCAUUUCCUGGGUUAUUUUGUUUGAAAAGAAUUUUUUUUCAUUUAAAAUGAUCUGGAAGCCCAGUCACUGACUCGAUGGCCGCAGAACAGGUGUGGGUGAGCGGGAGUGACAGGCAGUGUCAGUCUGUCUCCCCUUCAGUUUGAGGUCCACUGUGAGCAGCUUCCGUGUCAUCUUUGGUGGGGGGCUUUGAAGGCUGAGUUCUAAGAGAAUUCAUAAGGGAAUAAAGCAGGAUUUGAUUUAAAGGUGUCAUGAGGUGAUAAAAUAGAGGAAGGGCAUGUGCGCUUCAACACUUGGCUCCCCCAGACGACGUGUGGUCUUUUAUUUUCUGAGGCACUGUUGGUUGUUCCUCCCAUAAUGCUCUGGCGGCCACUCCACUGACAUGAAUGCAGACAGGGCAUGGGUUUUGUAACCACACACGCCGACCAUUUCCAGAAGCUGGGGCGUGUGGGGUCUGCGUUCUGUGUGGCCCGGAGGAACUGGGCCAGCUCUGGGCCCCUCACUGUCUGGGGCCCUUGGGCCCCACGUAGGCGAGGGACGCAGAGCCCCAGCCCCGCAUACAGACUUGCCCACAGAGUGGCCCACUUUGCCUCCUAAAACCUUCCUGCGUGCGUUUUCAAAACGACAGGAGCCCUUAGAAGACCUCCUGUGGGUGCUGGGGAGGGCAGGGCAGGCUGUUGGGCUGUCACCCUUCUCUAAACUGAAGCCAAGGCAGCAAGCAGCGCUCUUGGGGAGCUUUUGCCACGGAGAUUGCACGGCUGGCGGAGGCCGUUUUUAAGGUAGAAAGGACACAUGUCGAACGAGCAGGUGUGUUCCGUCAUAUGUGUCGUGGUUCCUUCCAGGCAUGUUUUUUACAGAGAAAAGGGGGCAUUCUCCUUUCUCAACAGCUGCUGUGAAUAAACUACAUUCCCAGUGCCUUCUGUUAGCAAGAGCCCUAAUUUCUUCUUUCGUUGCAAGGACUGAGAGCUGCCACCCAGAGCACCGCCAGCACUCCCUCUGAUGACACCUAUGGCCUUUGUCCCCUCGGCUCCCCCAUGCCACCUCCCCACACAACCAGACCCAGACCCUCUGACUCUGUCAGCACGCUGCUUUCUGCAGGAACCUCCUCCCCGCCCCUCCCCGACCUCCCACCCGUCCAGGGCUGUCACCAGCCUCCCUCCUGGGUCUGGGACAGGCUGUGAGGGAAGCCACUCGCACUCGCACUCAGCCGGGGCUUCCUCACCCCUCGCCACCGCCGGUGGGUCUUUGGCCCUUUCUCCUUUGGCCCCGUGUCCCUGUCCCUGGAAGCUUCUCGAUGGAAGAGCUGCCCUUUCCAUGCCUUAGCGACAGAAGGAGGCCUUUAAAUUACACGCGGUUUCUGUGAGGCGGCACCUGCAAGGGGUUACUUAAGAGAUCAAAUUCCAAACUAUCUGCAGCUUUUCAAUGGCCAUGUAUCCAGCUAGGGGAAAACCAUCAGGUUCAUUAGUUUUCGUUUCCUUUUUCAAUUGUACUUUUGUUAAGUGUUUUAAUACAUCUUUUUCAAUUAC